AUGGCGCAAGUGUUGGCAGUACCAGGAGAUGUAAGACAUGGAUUUGCACACCAAACCACAUUCAACCAUGCAUUCGGGCGGAUUACUGGAAUAGCAGCAACAGCAAUUGGAAACAUUGUAUUAUGUGACUAUGAUAAUAAACAUCUUAUAUUAGUUAAUCCUUCUGGAAAAUAUUUACAUAAGCUUAGCGUAGAGAGUGAGCCCUAUGAUGUUGCUAUUACAAGUCAAAAUAUAGGAUAUGUUACUCAACCGAACACCAGAUCUGUAUUACGAAUAGAUCCGGAUCGAAUGGUUGUACUACAUAAGGUAUCAAGCGACGAUCUUAGUAUGUCCGUGAUUUGUGCGUCAGCAGUCCCGGAUUCUGGACGGGACAUUCCGAGUAAAGUUCCAUGUUAUCUUGGCGUGAAUGUGUUGACUUCGUUAUACGCAUAUCCAGUUGAUGACUAUAACAUAUAUCUAUCAGACAAAAAUGGAAACAUGCGGGCAGUUGGAAAAGCAAUUGAUCCUCGUGUCGUGAAAUUUCAUGCAGUAGACGUUAGAACCUUUUUUUCAUGUAUAGGCGGCCAGAACUACAUAAAACGUUCGAAAUUCAAUCUGGAAUAUACACAUUUACCUGCUGAACAUACUGUCAAAAGAAUUGACACUAUGAUUACACCCACUGAUAUAUGCUCUGAUAACUAUGGACACAUCUAUGUCAGCGGUCAGGGUUCAAACAACAUACACAGACUGACACAAGACGGAAAGGUUAUAGAUAUACCAUUGGACAGUAGACAUGGUAUCAAACAACCAGUUGCUUUAUGUUUCAACCAAAACUUUGAUAAAUUAUAUGUUGUCCAUGAAUGGGGAACAUCAGUAUUGGUUUUUGAUGUUAUUUGAAGAAUAGAGUUAAUCUGAGUUGUUUAAAUAUUAUUACACUGAUAUGAGUUAUGAUUGUA